GAGUCUUGGAGGACCACCUCGGAGGACCGUGAAACAGAGCGCCUCGUUGUGGCUCGGGGCACAGGCGUUUGCAGUGGGACAGCGGGACGGGGGCGGAUGCGGAGUUGGUGGGAAGUGAGCGGCUGCUGUACCAGAGCCGAGGAAGAGUGAUCGCCCGCCCCUUUCCCCUGCGGUAUCUGCAAAGGACGGUGUUUCGCCUUCGCUUUAAAGAGACAAGAAUCACCCCACCCCGACCCCUCUCAGCCUGAGGGAAGGGGACCGGGUGGCGACCCUAACCCAACCUAACCUGUGAGUCUAUAUCAGGCGGAGAGGAAGCCGGGCCGGGCCGCGCCGCGCCGGGUAUAGCACAGAGCGACACAAUAAACCUGCCGAGGAGUGGGAGAGCGCAGCGGGUGAGGAUGUAAAGGAAACGGCUCCGAAAGACCGGGAUUCGGGACGGACACUCUUGGAAAGGCCGGGGAUGGGGCAGCAGCAGGCCCGCGUUGGCGGAGCUGCUGGUGUUGGUGCGGUCGGGGAGGCAGUCCAGCCCGGCAGGGGUAGGGUUGGCACUUCGAGGCCCGGGCACGGGGCAAGGAGGCGAGACACAGCAGCCAGGAGUAAUGAAGCCGCCUGUAACAUCUUCAGUCACCAUGAAGUUUUGCACCGACCAUUUGGUUCUGACAUUGAUUCACAGACACUGAAUGAAGCAGUGAGGUGGAGCUCAAAGGAAAAUCUCCUGGGAGCCACAGAGAGUGACCCUAAUCUAUUUGUUGCACUUUAUGACUUUGUUGCAAGUGGUGACAACACACUAAGCAUUACAAAAGGUGAAAAGCUACGUGUGCUAUGCUAUAAUCAGAAUGGCGAAUGGUGUGAAGUGCGUUCGAAGAACGGGCAGGGAUGGGUCCCCAGCAAUUAUAUCACACCGGUAAAUAGUCUGGAAAAGCACUCCUGGUACCAUGGCCCUGUCUCACGUAGUGCAGCAGAGUACCUACUUAGCAGCCUUAUCAAUGGCAGUUUUCUCGUGCGGGAAAGUGAGAGCAGUCCAGGACAACUUUCGAUUUCCCUCCGCUAUGAAGGUCGAGUUUACCACUAUAGAAUCAAUACAACACAUGAUGCCAAGGUGUACGUGACAGCAGAGAGCCGGUUUAACACUUUGGCAGAGCUUGUUCAUCACCAUUCCACUGUGGCUGACGGACUGGUCACAACCCUGCACUACCCUGCUCCAAAAUGCAACAAACCCACUGUUUACGGAGUUUCUCCCAUUCAUGACAAGUGGGAGAUGGAACGCACUGACAUCACAAUGAAGCACAAGCUAGGUGGAGGGCAGUAUGGGGAGGUGUACGUCGGAGUCUGGAAGAAAUAUAGUCUUACUGUUGCUGUAAAAACACUGAAGGAGGACACAAUGGAGGUAGAAGAAUUCCUGAAGGAAGCUGCUGUAAUGAAAGAAAUUAAACAUCCAAACUUGGUUCAAUUACUAGGUGUUUGUACUUUGGAGCCACCGUUUUACAUUGUCACUGAGUACAUGCCCCAUGGGAACUUGCUGGAUUACCUGCGUGAUUGCCACAAAGAAGAGGUGAAUGCUGUUGUGUUGCUGUACAUGGCCACGCAAAUCUCCUCUGCUAUGGAAUACCUAGAGAAAAAGAACUUCAUUCACAGAGACCUGGCUGCUCGUAACUGCUUGGUUGGUGAGAAUCACGUGGUGAAAGUUGCAGACUUUGGCUUAAGCAGGUUAAUGACAGGUGAUACCUACACUGCCCAUGCUGGAGCCAAAUUCCCAAUUAAAUGGACUGCACCUGAAAGUCUUGCCUACAAUACCUUCUCAAUAAAAUCUGAUGUGUGGGCAUUUGGAGUGCUUCUGUGGGAAAUUGCCACAUAUGGGAUGUCUCCAUACCCAGGAAUUGAUCUAUCUCAGGUCUAUGAUUUACUUGAGAAAGGAUACAGAAUGGAGCAACCUGAGGGCUGUCCACCCAAAGUCUAUGAACUGAUGAGAUCAUGUUGGCAGUGGAAUCCUAUGGAGCGUCCAUCAUUUGCUGAGAUCCAUCAAGCAUUUGAGACCAUGUUCCAUGACUCCAGUAUUUCAGAAGAAGUUGCAGAAGAGCUUGGAAAAACGGCUUCUUCAACUGUGAUCACCCACCAGCUUCAAUUACCCCUGCUCCCAACAAAAACCCGAACACUAAAGAAAAAUGCUGAAAAUAAGGAAAACAUGGACAUGGAUCAUCCUGCUUUGGCUCAAACCACAUUGCAAGGAAUGGGAACAAGUGCAGCCCCGUGUAGCAUCUCCCCUGCAUUGCCUCGUAAGCAAAGAGAUAAAUCUCCCAGUGGUCUCCUGGACGAUAGCAAAGAGACCCUGUUUACUAGAGAUAGAAAAGCUGGCUUCUUCAGUUCUUUUAUGAAGAAGAAAACUGUCCCUAUGCCUCCUAAACGCAGCAGCUCCUUCCGAGAGAUGGAGAACCACCCACACAAGAAAUAUGAGAUAACGGGUAACUUUUCUUCUUUCUCAUCUUUUCAGCACUCAGAUGGUCUUACAUUUGUCCAGUCGCAUGCUGACGGGACUCACGCACAGGCUAGGUGCUGUGGAAGGGGUUCUGUUCAAAGAAAUGGUGGUGUAACUAGUGGAGGGUGGGCAGGAUUUGCUGGAUUUUUCACACCACGCUUAAUAAAAAAGACACUUGGCCUAAAAGCUGGGAAGCCUUCAAGUAAUGAUGAUUCAAGCUUGGAAGCCACCAAACCUUUCCCUCGGUCAAAUUCUACUUCUUCCAUGUCUUCAGGGCUUCAGGAGCUGGAUCGACUAGCCUUGACUCUUCCUAGAAAUUGUCACCGCAACAGAAUUCAACUAGAACAUCCAAUUCCCAUAAUCUCUAAAGACGAGGAACAUGGGAGACUCACAGACCCAUUACAUCGAAAAGCAGAAGAUGGGGUUUCCUCAUUGAGAGACAAAUCAAAAGCCAAGCUCUUGGCACGGGGUCCUGCAACACCACCUCUCAGGACAAAUGUAGGCAAUGGAGACAGUGAUCUUUCACAGAAUCUAAAUUCAAUGCAAGUUGGGCGAGCAGAAUCUAAUAGCCAUUCCAGAUCUGUGGGCAUGAAAGAGGAUGUGGAGAAGGGAAGUUGGUCCUCUCCAGUUAAGACUGUUGCAACUCUUCCAGCAACUCAUAACCACAAAGUACCUGUACUGAUAUCUCCAACUUUGAAACAUGCUCCUGCAGAAGUUCAAUUGAUUGGAACAGAUUCUCUGGGAAACAAAUUCAAACUGCUGUCAGAGCACCAGGUUGCAUCAGAAAGGGAGAGGCCCAGGCUUGUAAAACCAAAAUGUGCACCGCCCCCGCCCCCACCCCCACCCCCUCCACCUCCUCUCAAACUGUUGCAGCCUCCUCCCAGCACUGGUCCCAACAGCACAGAAACAGCAGAGGACUGUGAGAGCACAUCACAACAAGAGGUUGAGAUUAAUGGUGAAAGUGGCAAAAGGCCAACAAUGGCUGCAUUAGGAAAGAUCUCCAGACCAUCUCUGCCACCCCCUCAAGUGCCUCCAGCUUCAUCCAUUCCUGUGGUAGCUUCCUCCAAACUUGCAAAUGGGGCCUCUGUAACUACGAGUGCUAGAAUUUCUUUGCGAAAAACCAAGCUGCCACCGGAGAAGGUGCCAACAGAAAAAAUCAGCAAGGAGGCAUUAUUAGAAUGUGCUGAGGUUCUAUCUAGUGUCAUCGACAGUGGCUCAGAGUCCACCACCAACAGCCAGUUGGUUGAAGCAGGAUAUCGGUUGCUUGAUCAUUGUACUGGUUAUGUGGAUUGCAUUAUGCAAAUGAGGAACAAGUUUGCUUUCCGUGAAGCUGUAAACAAAUUAGAACAGAGCCUGCAUGAGCUCCAGGUAUCCUGCACAGCCUCGACAGGACUUCCAACAAAUCCUGUGCUCAGUAACGUACUGGCAUGUGUUAAAGACUUAAGUGACAUUGUGCAGAGGUAGCCAAGGCGGCCAUACUGUGUGUGUGAGGUUUAGUGACUCAAGUUUAUUAUCUGAAGUACCUCAGCAAAAUGUUCAGCUUUUCAAUGUUUACAGAUUCAUCUCUUUCAAUCAGUGAAGUCCUGAUUAGAGCUAUCUGUGCAUAGUGAGGGUGUGGAGAGCACUAUCCAGUUUUUACUGGUGAAUGCUGCUCCUAUAUUAAAUUCAUUUGGUGGAAAAGGUCCAAAACCAGCUGUUUUGAAUCAGGGCCAAGGUAAGCUUUUUUCCCCAUACUGGACAGUUCUCAGGGACUUCUCCCUUUUGAACAGGAAGUAACACCUAAUAGUUUUUGAAAACCUAAUCAUGUAGUUAUGAUCAUUUUGUCCAGUGAAGAACACAACUGUCUUGUCACUGAACACAUUCUGUGUACUCAUACCGAUGCACUAUCAAAAAAAAAGUUAGCAAUUUGCUUUAAUUUUGUCCUUCUAUUGCUCGUGUGGUAAUAAUUUAUAAUCCACUUUUCCCUUCACAGUCAAUAGUAGUACAGGUACUUUGUUGUACUGGUACAUGUUGCAAAACUCUGACCAGCCACCCCAACAUGUUGAAGUGUGAAUGUAAUCAGCUCUGCCAGGUGUUUUUUCACCAUUCAGGUGAACACAUUAUGAACAGUCAUGCACCCGUUUUUAACCUGUACUGAAAUGCUAGUGACAAGAUUGCAAAUCUAAGCUUAGGUCUGUUCGCUUCCUCUUUAUAUCAGAUAGAAUUUGCUGACAAUGCCUGAGCCAGGCAAAACUGUAAUAUCAGCAGACCUGUAAAUUUAAUUCAGGUUGAUAAUUCUUUCUGUAUUUCCCAAAGUAGCAGUGUUUUCUCCUUUGUAAUGCCCUGUCUUCUUUUGCAGCAGUAUUGGAAUUCCAUGGGAACACUACUUCAAAAAGUCCCUCAGAACUGUCUUGGGGUUAAAGAUAUGCCUAUGUAAUAUUGCUUCUCAGAGUGGACCUCGUGUUUCUAUUUUUGGUGAAUGGAAAAACAAGUUAUGUGGCAGAAUCUGCUGUGACUUCAGAAUGACAAUGUGAAUUGUUUUACCUUGGGAUUGCUAAGUGAAUCUACUGUGUUUGCUGUGAGUGUAGAAAAUGACAUCCCUAAAUCAUGCACACAGUCAAGUCAGAGCCCUACCACAGUCAAUAUUAAUGACCGCAAACCCCUCCUCCCUGCCCAAGUACUCAUCCUGUGGUGCUGGGUCGUCAUGAAGUCCCACAGGAACAAAUUGCAUCUGUUUUUUUUCUCUGUUCACAGCAAUAGAUUAUACCAAGAAUAUUACAGAAUUUUUGAAUUACUUCUUUAAAUGAUGUGUCCUGUGCAGAUAACCCAGUUUCUCUGGUAAAAGGAAUUCAGGCAAUGACAAAUACUGAUGUUUUGCACCAUUUAUGUUUGCCAUUUUCCCAUUUUUAUACGAUUGUUAAAGAAAAACUUCUUAAUACAGGUUCCUAUCUAUGAAUUAACUAAUUAGUUCUGUGAAACAACUAGUUGUCAAAUUAGUGACCAGGAAUAUAAUUUUUACACUCUCCCUGAAAAGCUGUCCUUACAACUUUCCAGCAUGUAGCUAUUUUACCAUCAACUUCUUUCAGUUUUUAAUUUUUUUUAAAACACGAGCCCAUGGGAGGCCAGUGUACCUACUCUUAAAACUGUAUUUCUCUAUGCCAUCAUAGCACUGAUCCUCAAUGUGUAUGUGGUACUUUUAAAGGUGUUCCAAUUCAUUUAAUUGCAUCAGAGAAUUAUUAAAAUGUUCACUGCUUGCUACACUCCAUCCAACAUGCUCAUUGUUGCCUCUCAAAGUGGUCCCAAAGCAUGUGCACUUAGGCAAGAUCAUUUCAGAUAAGGCCAUAUAUUUAAUAAAAGCAAACAUUUCUUCUUUUCAAAGAAAAAAAAUGUUGAUGUUUACACUGUGCCUAGAACAAAGAGGCAACAUCAUGAUAUGCAACCAAGGGUGAGUUUUAUUCAUGUUGGGAUUUGGAGUUGUGACUGCACUAGUUAAUACAAAGGCAGCACUUCAUAAUAUGUGGUGUCAAAUUUUUUAGGAAAAGCAAAUACCUUUGUAUCAUACAGUACUGAUCUCUAGGAACUUGAUACCAACCCCUCAAGUCACGCUCCUCCGCUGUGCGCUACUGUUUGUUCUCAAACUAAAAAAGUACUGUUUUCUGAAAACAUAGAAUAACCUUGCUGUGUCCAGUGAAAUACAGAAUUUUUAUUUUUAUUUUA